GAGCCGUACGCGGCGGGAGCAGAGGGAGAGCGCGCGGUGGCUCUGUCCGUGCGCCCCGCGCUCCCCGCGUGGCCCCGCGUCCCGAGCGCGCUUCAGCCUCCCACGCGCGCCGCCCCGGGGUGCACUGAGCCCGGCGAGCCCCGGGAAUCCAGAGCGAGAGAGGACAGGGGGGGAAACCCCAUGGCCCGGCCCGCGUCCCGCACCCUGUGCGGUGGCCUCCUCCGGCACGGGGUCCCCGGGUCGCCUCGGGUCCCCGCGAUCCGGAUGGCGCACGCGGUGGCUGGGGCCGGGCCGGGCUCGGGUGGCCGGAGGAGUCACCACUGACCGGGUCAUCUGGAGCCCCCGGCAGGCCGAGGCCCAGGAUGAGGCGCUGGAAGGCAGCGGCCCUGGUGUCGCUCCUCUGCAGCUCCUUGCUGUCUGUCUGGAUGUGCCAGGAGGGUCUGCUGCUGGGCCGCCGCCUGGGACCCGCGCUCGCCCCUCUGCGACGCCCUACACGCACCCUGGAUGCUCGCAUCGCCCGCCUGGCCCAGUACCGAGCUCUGCUGCAGGGCGCCCCGGAUGCCGUGGAGCUUCGAGAGCUUUCCCCCUGGGCCGCGCGCCCGUCGGGCCCGCGCCGUCGAGCGGGGCCCCGGCGUCGGCGGGCGCGGGCGCGGUCGGGCGCGCGGCCGUGCGGGCUGAGAGAGCUCGAGGUGAGCGUGAGCGAGUUGGGCCUGGGCUACACGUCGGACGAGACGGUGCUGUUCCGCUACUGCGCGGGCGCGUGCGAGGCGGCCGUGCGCAUCUACGACCUGGGCCUGCGGCGCCUGCGCCAGCGGAGGCGCGUGCGCAAAGAGCGGGUCCGCGCGCACCCGUGCUGCCGCCCCACGGCCUACGAGGACGAGGUCUCCUUCCUGGACGUGCACAGCCGCUACCACACGCUGCAGGAGCUGUCGGCGCGGGAGUGCGCCUGUGUGUGACGCCCCCGUGCGCGGACCCUCUCGAGGACUGAAUCCGCAUAAAGUGUGGGAACUGUCGUGGUCGCUGCCCAUUCGCUCUGCGCGGAGUGGGGUGUGCGGCGCCCUGGGAGGGGACGGAGGAGGGAAGCCCCGUUGUAGGGGGCGGCCUCGCUCGAGGAGCCCGCUGGGGAUGGCGCCCAAGCGCGAGGACCAGGGCCGGGCGGCUCAGCGGGUGGGCACCGGGUUCGGUUCCCGCUCCAGGACCCUGGGCACCACCCCCGUCGUGGGGGGAGCGACUCAUGCGCGCUGCACAGACACACGCAGGCAAGGGAGAGCGGCCGGGGUGGGCAGGAAAUAAAGAGAGAAGAGAAGGAA